UCCGCGUCAGUAGCUAAGUCGAGUAAUUCUGCGGAAGCAGUCACCCGUGGAGGCGCGAUCGAAGUAGCCGUUGUUGAAAAGUUGCUCGUGGUCCAGGUUUUCGGUGAUCGAAUUUCGGCGCGAGAAGAUUCAUUGCGGAGUGUUUCGGAAGCGAUUGCUUUGAUCAGUGAAAGUGUUGGGCAAGAUUUCUUUGGAACUCGAAAGAUCAAUCCAAUAAUUGAUCUGAUUUUGUAAACCUGUGUUAUCAACGGGAUCUUUAAGGUUGUGCUCGUAUUCUAGUUCAAUGAGUUUCUACAGAUCGUAAGGUAUUAGAACUUGAAGAAAAUGGCCACGCAAUUUGAGGACAGGUUCAUGGCAAUGAACGUGCAAGCAGCCGCACAGUUCAAGACAUUCCAGCCAACAGCCAUGACCUUCACCAAACAAAGCUCCUGUCAUGUCUUCUGCCGGCGGUUCUUCAUCUGCAUACUCCUCGCGGCUGUGGUCAUCCUGUCGUCGAUCGUCUACGCCAUCUACAGCUACACAUCGAGCCUUCCGGACGUUUGCCACAGCAAGGAAUGUCUCCGUUCAGCGGCCGCCUUCAAGCAGAACAUGGACCUCAACGUAGAUCCUUGUGAGGACUUCUACUCGUACGUCUGCGGAAACUGGGCCGAUGAUCAUCCACGUCCGGAACGACACGGCGCCUACAGCUGGUAUGACGAGCGACAAACCAGGAUCUACCGAAAUAUACGAACUCAGCUGGAGGCCAAUAGUAGCCGGUUGGACCCUAAGCCGGUCGCCCAGGCCAAGUCGAUGUACAAAGCGUGCCUGAGUGAAGUCAACCGGGAACGGUACGGCUACACCGCAGUUCAGCGAUAUCUUAAAGAGUUCGACCUCCCGUUGACGCCGACGUUGCUCAACCAUACCAAGACUUCCUAUCGGAAGUACAAAUACGACUGGAUCAGCUCGGUGGCGAAGAUCCAACGGAAGUUGGGUCUGAACGUGAUCGUGGGAUUCAACAUCGACCAGGACCAUGUGGACAAGAAUCGAAAUCGGUUGACGCUGGAGUACCACUACGGACCGGAUGAGUUGCGAUUUCCAGCCUACGAAUGGUCAAAGCUGACGGCGAAGACUCGCAACCGUCGACAGGCAGUACGAUCCAGCUCAGAAGACACUGACGAGUCGGAUGACGAAAGUGCGGACAACGAAGCAGGUGAGGACGAUGAAGAUGAGAUCGACACUAGUGAAAUGGCGGAGUCGUUCGCUAGGAUCAUCGAGGCGAUUAAUCCAAGCAUCGAUACCAGCGAGAUGGAUGACAAGCUGAAGGUUUUGGCAGAGCGAUUCGCCGAGUUCCAUCAGUCGCUUCCGAAGCUUGUUGAGUCGGAAGAGGAAGCCAAGUUUGAGUACUACACCGUUCAAGAGCUGCAAAAUGCGACCGACAAUCACAUCAAACCUAAAAAGCCGUACCCAGUGUGGCAACGCUAUCUGGAUGUGCUGUUCGCCAACCAACCGGACGUGAAGCCCUCCAGUGACGAACAGCUACAGAUGACACCGGAGAACGUCGAGUUCCUUGGAAAGCUGAUCGAUGUAGUCUCCGAAAAGUCUCCGGCCCUGAUUGAGCUGUACGUUUGGGGAACGGUGACCUCGUUUCUGGUGGAGCAUGAGUUCAACGACGCUACGCUGGAGGAGGACUGUGCCCAGGUCGUCCACAACUGAUGGGACUGGCCGUCAGCUAUGCGAUCGCGGACAAGACCUUCCUCGAGCGGACCAAGCCCCGAGUGGAGCAGAUGUUGACCGACAUACGGAACGAGUUCGACCAAAUGGUGCUGGAGACGGACUGGAUGGA